CUGUAUUUAGUUGGCAACAUCGGAACUCAGAAUACGUGGCCCGUGGUUCUGUGCGAUUGAUGUGUAUUGUUUAUAUUUUUUAUUGUUGAAAUCCUCAAAGGAACACGAAGGGAGCCAGUACUUGGCUUCAACACCAUGAUGAAUCCACAGUAUCCACCUCCAGGAAACAACAAUGCACCGAACAAUCCACUGAGUUUCUCACAAAGCCAAGACUUCAAUGGUGUCCAUAAUGCCAAUAUCUACAGCCAAAUGCCACCAAACGGACCUCAAACGGACAUGUCCCAAAAAAUGCAGAACUUAAACCUAAAUGGUCCACAACCCAUGUCCAGUAUUCCUACAUCUCAAUUACCACCCGGGCAGUUUCCUUCAAAUUUUCCUCCUACGUCUAACUAUAGCAGCCAACUGCCUCCUGGUGUAAAACCUCCUUCUCAACAGGCCAGGCCCCCCGUCAGUAAUAGUCAACAACUUCCACCUAUGAAUCAUAAUUAUCUGCCGCCGUCGUCAACGCCGGGCCCUAACCACCCUUCAGCUAUGCAGGCACCCCCCAAACCACAGCCUCAUUCUCAAGGACCUCCAAAUUCUCAACAUUAUCCGCCAACGUCUAUGGGAAGAUCUGUUCCAGAUCAAUCGGUACAAGGCUUACCACCUCAAUCUGGUGCACUCCCAGGUUUUCAAAAUCUACAGAUAUCAUCUCAGUCAGGACCGCAACCUCAAUUAGGGAAUAAUCAAGGGUCAAACGCCCCUCCUUCAAGUCAACCUGGUAUGCCACCUCAACCUGGACCUCCGCAAAUGCAUGCCCAGCCAGGGCAUUUCGGAAUGUCAUCAGGACCAGGGCAAAUGCCAAAUUUACCUUCACAACCUCAAGCUCCGAUUACAAGUCAGCCUGGUAAUCAAUCUGCGCCUGUGCAACAAGGUCAAAAUUCUGGUAUGCCACCAAAUUCUCAACAAAAUAACUUUUUCGGACAAACUGGUCUACCGCCACAACCCGCUGUUAGUCAGACGGGAAUGCUUCCUCAACAAGGCCCGCCUAAAUCUGGCCAUCCAGGAAUGCAAAUGCAGCCAGGAUUACAAUCACAAUCUAGUGCGCCGCCAAAACCAGGUAUGCCGACACAACAAGGCAUGCCUUCUCACCCGGGAAUGCCUUCUCAUCCAGGCAUGCCACCGCAAGCAGGCAUGCCACAACAAUCAAGAAUGCCAUCACAACCAGGCAUGCCCCCACAGCCCGGAAUGCAGCAGCAACCAGGAAUGCCAGGACAACUGGGCAUGAAACAUCAAACAGGAAUGCCACCGCAACCAGGAAGACCUCAACAGGGAAUGCCGCCACAAUCUGGAAAACCUUCACAACCAGGAAUGCCACCGCAACCAGGCAUGCCACCGCAACCUGGAAUGCCACAGCAACCUGGAAUGCCACCGCAACCAGGCAUGCCACCGCAACCAGGCAUGCCACCGCAACCUGGAAUGCCACAGCAACCUGGAAUGCCACCGCAACCUGGAAUGCCACCGUACUCUGGGAUGCCACAGCAACCUGGCAUGCCCCCGCAGCCAGGCAUGCCACCGCAAUCUGGAAUGCCACCGCAACCUGGAAUGCCACCACAACCUGGAAUGCCACCGCAACCUGGCAUGCCACCGCAACCUGGCAUGCCACCGCAACCUGGCAUGCCACCACAACCCGGCAUGCAAAACCAGCUCCAAUCGAUGCCUGGUUUACCUCAUAUGCCGCCUGCCUUGAGUCAGCAACAGUACCAACAGCCCGGAAGUCAAGGAUACGGCCCUCCAGGACCACAAGUGAAUCAACAAUAUCCUGGUAUGCCCCCUCAACCAGGUUAUCAGCAGGGCUACCAGUUCCCCGGGCAGCAGCCGAGUUACGCACCGCCCUAUCAGCCUCCACAACAGAAACGACUCGAUCCAGAUCAAAUGCCUAGUCCAAUCCAAGUGAUGUCUGACGACCAACAGAACCGCAGCGGAGUGUUCGUGACCAACGACAAGGGUCUGGUGCCGCCGCUGGUUACCACAGACUUUGUUGUUGACGACAAGGGAAACGCCAGUCCAAGAUUUAUGAGGAGUUCCAUGUACAGCGUUCCAGUCACCGCUGACCUCUUGAAACAGACCUCAAUGCCUUUCUGCUUAGUCAUAUCACCAAUGGCAGAGACUAUCGGCACAGAACAGGAGCCCCCCCUGCUGGACUUCGCAGCCCUGACGGGGUCCCCCACCAUGGGCCCGGUGAGAUGCUGUCGCUGCAAGGCCUACAUGUGUCCCAACAUGAAGUUCAUAGACGGCGGCAGACACUUCAAGUGCGCCUUCUGCAAGGCCACCAGCGAAGUGCCGAUGGAGUACACGCAGUACAUCACCAGCAUGCAGCAGUACGGUCGCGUGCCGCCCGAGAUGGCGCUCGGCACUUACGAGAUAGUCGCCACCAAGGAAUACUGUCGGAACAACACUCUUCCUAAUCCUCCAGCUAUAGUGUUCGUGAUCGACGUCUCGUACAACUCCAUAAAGAGCGGCCUGCUGCAAACUAUAUGUGACAAUAUACUGGAGAUAAUACAGUCGCUGCCAAAAGACGAACAAACGGGCAAGUGUUGUACCCGAGUGGGCUUCAUCACCUACAGCACGACAAUACACUUCUAUAAUAUCAAGGGUACCCUGGCGCAGCCCGCGAUGCUCUCAGUGGGCGACACCGCGGACAUGUUCGUGCCACUGCUAGAAGGAUUCCUGUCCACCGCGGAAGACAGCGGGCCGGUGUUGACGUCACUGCUGCAACAGCUGCCGCAGGUGUUCCAGAACAACAAAGACACGGAGACCGUGCUGCUGCCGGCCGUCCAGGCUGGCUACGAGGCUCUGAAGGCCGCUGACACUUCCGGUCAACUGCUAGUCUUCCACACAUCGCUGCCCACAUACAACGCGCCCGGGAAACUCAUCAACAGGGAAGACAGGAAGUUACUCGGCACAGAUAAGGAAAAACAGAUACUUUCCCCUCAGAGCACGUCAUACAAUGAGCUGGGGCAGCUGUGCAGCGCUGCAGGCGUGUGUGUCCAGAUGUUCGUGUGUAACAACUCGUACGUCGACUGCGCCACCAUCGGCCAGCUGGCGAGGCUCACCGGCGGACAAGUACACAAGUACACGUACUUCACAUCGGACACGGACGGCCACCGUCUGAUGUGGGACGUGUCGCGUGUGCUGUCCCGCCCAACCGCUCACGACGCGGUCAUGCGCGUGAGGACCAGCACCGGCGUGCGCCCCACAGACUUCUACGGACACUUCUUCAUGUCCAACACCACGGACGUCGAGCUGGCCGCCAUCGACUCGGACAAGGCCAUCGGCGUGGAGAUCAAACACGACGACAAGUUGACGGCGGAGUCCGGCGUGUACAUCCAGGCGGCGCUGCUGUACACCCACCGCUCGGGCCAGCGGAGGCUGAGGGUCAUCAACCUCGCGCUGUCGCUCGCCCACCAGCUGGCGGACGUGUACAGGUCCGCGGAACUGGACACCAUCGUAAACUUCCUCACUAAACAGGCCGUGUGGGCGCUCCGUGAGGCUACGCCCCGUCAGGUCCGCGAGGGCCUCACAAGUCGCUGUGCUCGUUCGCUGGCCGCCUACCGACGUCACUGCGCCUCGCCCUCGUCCGCCGGACAGCUGGUGUUGCCGGAAGCCAUGAAACUACUUCCGCUAUACACCAGCUGUGUGCUGCGGUCUGAUGCUGUCGGCGGUGGGCCGGACAUAACGUGCGACGACCGCUCGUGCGCCAUGUACCGCGCGCUCACGGCGGACGUGUCCCUGUCGCUCGUGUACACCUACCCUCGCCUGCUGCCGCUGCACGUGCUGCCCGACCAGGAGCCCGCCCCGCUCAGGGCCUCCAUAGACAAGAUGUCCGAACACGGAGUCUAUUUGUUGGAGAACGGAGUCCACAUGUUGAUAUGGGUGGGGUCCCAAGCGCCGCUGGAGUUCGUGAGGGAUGUGUUCGGAGCGAACUCGCCGCAGGCCGUAGACGCCCGGGUGUGCGAGCUACCGGAAAUAGACUCGCGAGUCGGCGCAGCGGUGCGCAGGCUCGUGGACGACACUAGGCAUAAGAGGAGGAACGCCAUGAGGCUAACCGUAUUACGGCAGCACGACAAGCUGGAGACGGUGCUGCGUCAGCUUUUAGUGGAGGAUCGGGGGGUAGACGGCGGGGCUUCCUACGUCGACUACCUCUGCCAUAUACACAAGGAGAUACGCGCCCUACUCUAGCGGCCCACGCUUUGGGAACACCUGUGGAAGUCCUUAAGAUAUCUGUCUGACCGCUGGAAUUCUUGUGCCGUAGUCUGCAGGGUGAAGUGCUUCGUCCGUCAGAUAGAGGGUUUCCUGUUAUUGGUGAAGCGCUUCCUGUGAGAGUGUAACUUUAACUCAGUGGCUCAGGUGUUCCCGGAACUAUGAGUUAUGUUUAUAUUGUGGUUAACGACCAAUGUACGUUCAGCUCGUUACUAACAACACGUAGAUUCUGUUAUUUUAUAAGCUCAUUCAAAUUAUAUACUAUACAUUUUUGUUCUUUUUUUUCUGACGCUAGACUCUAAGGGGAUUUCACAUGGAUAGGUCCUAUUUCGUCUAAACUUCCGACUUUUGACAGAACGUGUAAGGAGGUUAUGUUAAACAAAUCGUUACUUGUAUGUUAAAUAUAAUGUUAAUAAAGCUGAUACACACUCGCCGAGUGAGCCGGCCGAGCGCUCACAUUGUGAAUGGAGAUGCAGCCGAAGGUCCACUAACGUACUUCCAUAAAUGUAAAUUGUAAUAAGUAUUCAUCGAUAGUAUUUAAUGACAUUUCGUAAACAUCGCUAGAGUCGCGUUGAACACAUCGCAACCCGUCGCACACGACCCGGUACCCCACAUGUGUUAGUUUUAUCAAACGUCUGGACUAUAAUAGAUUGUAAAUAAAAUAUAUUGGCAUUACUAUA